AUGGAUCCAUUCAAUGAAGUGGAAGAAGACUCGUGGUCACAGGUCAAAGCAAUACAGAAGUUCAUCAAUGAAACCAAUAAAAUAACAGAGGAAAGCAAGAUUGAUUUUACAAAUAAUUAUCAGGAGUUAGAAGAAACACUAGAGGACUUGAAACAAGCGGUUCAUAUAUCAGAAACCAAUCCAGAGCAAUUUGAUUUGUCUUCAUCGGACAUUGCUGAUCGUAAACGGAUUUUACACAAGCUAUCUACCACGAUAAAGAAUCUUGAACGAGAUUGGAAUGAUAAAAUACAUAAUCCCAAGAAGCUUAGGGAAAUAACAACCAUGUCAAACAGAAUAAGCCAGGAUGAUGACAAUGGACCAUUUGGGGAUGAGAAUAGAAUAGAUCGAGAAUUCAAUCAGUACCAACAACAAGAAAUGAUUAAUAGUCAAGAUUUACAAUUAGAUUCCUUACAUCGAACCAUGCAGAAUUUGAACCAGCAGGCCACCAUGAUGGGCUCGGAAUUAGAAGAUCAAACCUAUAUGUUAGAAGACUUAGAUCAAGAAAUGGACGUGGUCGGUAAUAAAUUACAAAGAGGUAUGAGAAGAGUAAGAUGGGUUUUAGAAAAUAAUAAAGGUGGUGCCAGUGACUGGUGCAUUGGGAUAUUGGUGGUGGCACUCAUCAUACUAUUGAUUUUACUUAUUGUAGCAUAG